UUAGAUUUGGAGGGUGGAACAUUACCUAGCAAGAUUGUCACAAUCCGUCAUUCGUUGCUAUUCAUGCGGAUCGACGCGUGGUGCAAUCUGAUCCAUUCCCCUGCAAGGAAAGCUCCACUGAGAGGGAAGAGGCCACCGAUCACAUUUCAGACACUCAGCUGGGCUUUCUUCUUGGGCUUCUUACAGAUACCCUUAGGGAAGUUACUGUUGACAUGGAGUCUUCGCUUUGUGUCUGCAACUUUCCAGACCAUACUAUUGAACACAAAUACUGCAGUGGUUUUUGUAAUGGCAGUGGUUUUCCGGCGAGAGACUUUCAGGUUUUGCAGCAUCAACGGCCAAGCAAAGGUAUGGGGAAUCUCUCUGUCGGUACUGGGGACUAUCGCUAUGGUGCUCUACAGCAGAGAAAGGUGCCUCAAAACCACUUGUCAAAAAAUGGUUUUCCGGCGACUGGAGAACGGUUUAUUGGUUAUCUCGCUAAUUUGGUUUCACUCUUCGCUCUUGCUUCCUUGAAUGUGUUGUUGGAACAUGUCACAACUACUUAUCAAGGAGAUGUGUCAUGGUCUGCCAUGAUCAGCUUUUGUGGAACACUUCAAACCGUUGCUAUUGCAACCUUCAUAGAUAGAAGUUCUACUGCUUGGAAGAUCAGGUUGGAGGGAAGUCUUCAGGUUCUAACUAUUCUUUACGGGGGAAUCUUCAUGACUGGUUUAUGCUAUUAUGCCACAACCUGGUGCAUACAUAAGAUGGGGCCCGUUUUUGCUUCAGCAUUUGGCCCACUUAUCAUCAUCUUCUCCUUUCUCUUAGAGACAAACUUUCGGAGAAAAGAAGUUCAAUUUGAGAGGAUUUGCAGCAUUAUAGGAGCUGCACUGGUGGUGGUGGGAUUAUAUCUCCUUUUGUGGGCUAAAGCUAAGGAUAGUGGAUCAAAGAAGACGAGUGAGGGGAGUGGAAAUUCUACAACUAAAUCUUCUUUAUUACCUUUAUUAGGAGACAAGUUAGAUUCUUGUGCUUGAGGCCUUCGUCAUUAGCGAUCAAAUAAGUUGUCCUCCUUGAUGUAAUUAGUUUGAAUCUGUAAGUUUAUCAUCUCUGUAAGAGAAUAAGACUGCAUAUAUUAUGACCCUUUUCAGAACCCUAUAAUAGUGGGAACCUCUUGUAUUUCAGUAUUGAAAAUUAAUCUACUAAACCCCCAUAAUAAAACAAGGGGU